AAUCCAAUACACACACUCUUGUGUGUUAUAAAAAAAAUAAAUUGGAUCUCUAUCUCCGUCGGUUUCAUCGAUUGUUCAUUUUCUUAUUACUACUACGAGGCAUGGAUCUGAUGUGCUGGUACGUGUGCUUUUGGGAAUAAAACUUCCGUGUUAAACAUGUGGGGUUUUGCUUCAAAUGCUAUUGCUGGUACAUCUGGCCUAAAGCAUAAUUCGUUAAGACCACCCACUCAAGCUUCUCCUGACUGCUCAGAUGAUGAGAUCUCAGAAAAUAACAGUGGAGAUGAAGGUUUUGAGUGCCCAAUUUGCUGGGAAUCUUUUAAUAUUGUAGAAAAUGUACCUUAUGUGUUAUGGUGUGGGCAUACACUCUGUAAGAAUUGUGUCCUUGGUCUCCAAUGGGCUGUUGUGAAACUACCAACGCUUCCUAUUCAACUCCCAUUUUUCAUAUCGUGUCCAUGGUGCAACCUGUUGUCGUUUCGGCUUGUUUACAAAGGGAACCUCAAGUUUCCUAAAAAGAACUACUUUAUUCUUUGGAUGGUUGAGAGCAUGAACGGUGGUGAUAAGGUUAAAUCUCAUUCCUCUUUCUGUGGAGACCAUGUACCAGUGUCUGCUUGGUCAUGGAACCGUGGUUGGACAGGUGGUCGAUCUAGCCGGACUAACACGGCAGUUGCUCCAUGUACCCGCGAGUCAGAUCAUAACCAUGAUUCUCAUGCCACCCAUUCCAACGCAGAAAGACUCCAGUCGUCUCUUUGUAAGUCACUAAUCUUUUUUGUUCACUUGACGGCUAAGUUUCCAUUGGUCUUUCUAUUCCUCCUUAUCGUACUAUAUGCGAUACCUGCAAGUGCAAUCAUCUUAGCCGUGUACAUACUCCUUACAAUUUUGUUUGCCGUCCCGUCUUUUCUUGUUUUGUAUUUCGCGUAUCCAAGUCUUGAUUGGUUAGUUAGGGAGAUUAUCAAUUAGGGUUGCAAUUGGUUUUUCUUUUUUUAUCAUCAAUGACCCUUUUGUAUCCCCAGAUGUGCAAUUUGUUGAACAAACACUUAAUUACGUUGAAGAAGAUGGCAAUAUAGUUAAGAUUUUUGGGUAGGUGUUUUGAUUGUUUA